AUGAACGGGGUGCCGUGGAAGGCGGGAGGGCUGGACUUGGACGCCGAGGAGCACGAGGCCUACCUGAGCCGCUUCCGGGAGCUCGUCACCGCCAAGCUGGCGGCGCUCAUCUCGCGCAGCCUGGAGGAGGAGCCGGAGCCCAAGGCGCGCAACAAGACCGUGCAGGAGGUGUUCCAGGAGAACCUGAGCCACCUGGCGCUGUGCCAGCAGCCGGCCGCCGUGGACUGGGGCGGGUCGGAGGUGCUGGAGCGCGUGCGCGCGCUGCUGGUGAGCAGCUACGAGGGCGGCGCGCGCCACCCGCCCGUGCUGCUGCUGGGGGCGCGCGGCGCGGGCAAGACGUCGCUGCUGGCCGCCGUGCACGCCCACGCCGAGCGCUGGUUCGGGCGGCGGCUGCUGCGCGUGGUGCGCUGCUGCGGCGCCACGCCGCGCGCCGCCUACAACCUCGAGCUGCUGCGCGUCGUCUGCCAGCAGCUCUGCCUGCUGCUGCACCUCUCCGACGGCUUCCUGCCCAAGGACGCCUCCUUCGACCCGCUCUACGUCAACAACUGGUUCCAGACGCUGGUGCGUCGCUUCGAGGAGUCGGCGCCCGGCGAGCUGCUGCUCAUCCUGCUGGACGACCUGCACCGCCUCAACCCGCUCGACUCGGACAUCGUGGCGGCGCUGUCGUGGCUGCCCAUCUCGCUGCCGCGCAACGUGCACAUCGUGGCGACGACGGCGCUGCCGCCCGAGGCGCUCAAGCUCACGCCGCUCCAGCGCGACCGCUUCCGCGCCGCCGACUGCUUGCUGGAGCUGCCCGCACCCGCGCCCGCGCCCGCGCCCGCGCCCGCGCUCGCCCCAGGUCGGUCGUUAGCAGCG